AUGAAUUUAAGUUCGAGUUUACAUUUCCGACCAAGUAUAAUCAAUCGGUGCUUUGAAAUUCAAGCAUUAAGAAAGUAUUUUGCGUUUACAUUCAUCGGAUCAAUAUUAUGGAUAGCUUUUUUCUCGUAUUUGAUGGUCUGGUGGGCAAAUGUUAUCGGUGAAACGUUAGCGAUACCAAACGAGGUAACAGCUAUCUAA